AACGCUUAAUUGAACCCUUCAGACGUACUUCUCCCAUCGAUCGAUCAUGUCUAGAUCGAUCGAAUUAAACACCUAGAGUUCGCGAGAAAUCCAAUUGUGUAAAUAAAAUUAUUGCGCUAACGCAUGACGCGGGAAAAAUAAAAAAACACAUAAGUCCCAUCUCGAUAAUCUCGGUCCAGUGUGGAAUCGACUGUCGAUCGAAUAAAUAUGUUGAUUGGAUUUUAUCUGGAGAAUAGAAUAAUUGGGAAAGAGAGGAAUCAAAUUUCGGAGGGAUCGAGCUGUGAAUUUUAAUGGGAAAACCCGCGGGAAAUUGUGAUCAAGUGAAAAUCUCGAUGGAAUUUCUUCGCAAUUGCUUUUUCUCGGGGCUUUCUUGUGAGUAAAGUAAAGUGCAAUUAAAGUUCAACUCCUCAGGCACGUGAUUUAUUAUUUAGUUCAAGUUUGAAGUUUUUUAUUUUUCGUUUUUCCCGAGUUUUCCGAGUUUUCCGAGUUUUCCGAGUCUUUAUCGAGUCGACUUUUCCGGAGCUGCUAUAUUGUAUAAAAUGGAAAAAGGAGACGCGAGGAUGUCCCUCGGAGUAAAUAAAACUAGUCCAGAACUUCCCAUCGAGAUGAGAUUCAACGAGGGUCACGUGUUGAGUAUCAUUGCCUACAGUAUCCAGAUGGUCAUCGCAAUAAUUGGAAACAGUACAGUCCUGUACCUGAUCCUGCAGAGGAAGAGAUCCAAUCGCUCCAGGAUCGACACGAUGCUGGUGCACCUGGCAGUGGCUGACUUGCUGGUGGCGGUCCUCAUGAUGCCUCUGGAGAUCGGGUGGGCAGCUACGGUUUCCUGGUGGGCUGGGGAUGCCAUGUGUCGGAUUAUGGCAUUUUUUCGGAUGUUUGGGAUUUAUUUAUCGUCAAUCAUUCUCGUUUGCAUCAGCGUCGAUAGGUAUUACGCGGUCCUCAAACCCCUGCAACUGAUGGAUGUCGACAGGAGAGGAAAAAUAAUGCUCAUCGGGGCCUGGAUGGGGGCUAUCCUGUGCUCAGCACCCCAGAUGAUGGUUUUCCGGGUGGAAAUCCACCCCAACUUCACGGACUACGCACAGUGCAUCACCCUAAAUUCAUUCGCGAAUGACAGUCAUGCACUAACGUACUCCCUUUUUGGUAUGAUAAUGACGUACUGCAUCCCCUUGAUUGUAAUCAUCUUCACGUACUCCAGUAUUCUACUGGAAAUAUAUAAAAAAUCACGAGCGUCAAUGCACGACAGAAUACGGAGGUCAUCGCUGGGCUUUCUGGGGAAGGCUAAAAUACGGACCCUCAAGAUGACGAUCAUCAUUAUUUUAGUUUUCUUCAUUUGCUGGACUCCAUACUACAUAAUGUGCAUGUGGUACUGGAUUGACCCGAAAAGUGCGAAAGCAGUGGAUCUCCGUGUGCAAAAGGGUCUCUUCAUUUUUGCAUGCACCAACUCCUGCAUGAACCCCAUCGUCUACGGUGCCUUCAACAUCCGGAGGAAUAACAAAAACUCGACAUCGCAGCAUGGAGGAACAAUUGGCAAGAAGACAUCAGUAGAAAAUGUCGUAUGUCGUGUGUCAUGGAAGCGUCCAGAGACAGGCUCUCUGGAGCCUAGUCUUCACGAGGAAAUUCCAGAAGCAGAUGUUUCCCUCGACAUCGACAAUCAGCUGUCACACACCAUCAGGAAAAAUCAUGACAGUAAGACCGAGAGCCACUCCAGACUCUUCAUUAAUUUUCGAUUGAUCCCUUAUCACCCCUUAUCAUUCCAAUCAAUCAUUUGGAAAUUAAGAAAUAAAUUGUAUUUCACUUAAUCGUUAUUGCAUCAUUUAUUUUCUCGAUUUUCUUUAUUAUCUCAAUUUUCUCUAUUUAAAAACUCGCCAGUAAUAAUUAUCAUUGAAUUAUGAAGUAAUUAUGGAUGUUUGACACUUGUUUGUUAGUUAAUUUAAUUUUUCAAUCACAUGAAUGUUCUGUAGAUUUUUUUUUGUAU